AUGCCGCCGCCUCGACCGCCCGGGACACCACCGACCUCACGCAGGAACUUGAGCCGGGCGUCGGACCCCAGCAGACCACUCUUGCCAACUCGAGGAGUCUCGUCGGAUCGCGAUGCAGACGGGCCACCGCUGCCUGACCAGUGUCCCGGUGGACUCGCCCAGAUCAACAAGCACACCGAAGGCGCCGAGUACUACGGGCCAACCGGGACGUUCUACUUCCUCUCACGGUUGCGAUCGCAGGCGGACUCUCACAGGCACCCCACAUCACCUCCGGAUAGCGGUCGCGAUGUUUACGAGAGGUCACCAGCGGAUACCGCGGUCGUGAAUCUGCUACACAGCUCGGACUACGCAGCUGCCUCCGGCAGCUACGGCCCAGGGUCACGGCAGGGGAAGCAAAGAGUGCCAUACAAUGAUCGACUGGGGCCGGGAGGAUCUCGGGAUGGCUCUUUCCGUGGGACGCGAGGCCGAUCGCCGGCUUCUGACCCAGUGAUCGAGCAAGAAUGCGUGCGGCUCUACUUCCAGAACCAGCAUUGCAUCCAUCCCGUGCUGGACCAGGCAGCCUUUACGGCCCGAUGUGGUAGCGAGAUCUGGAAUCAGAGCCAGACUCUCGAGAACGCGGCAUCGCCACACAUCCGCAGCCACGCACGGUUCCUAGCUCUCUACAACACUGUCGUCGCCAUCGGUGCAGUGAACGCUGGAGAAACGUCAAUGCUCACGUGGCAUCGUGCACAUGAAUUCUUGAACCAGGCAGAGACUCUCGAGCAUAACAGGUCGCCGUAUCUGCCCAUCCGCGUCGCGAGGCUCUUCUUUGAGAGAGCAAAGCUCCUGCUGGAAGAUGUGUUUGAGUCGGCCUCCCUCGAGACAGCCCAGACCCUCUUCCUCAUGUCUGUGUUCUGCCAAGACGCUCUGAAGCCACACGCGUGCUACAUGUACAGCGGCAUGGCGGUGCGUGCAGCGUUGGCCAUGGGUAUCCCCACGACACCGUCUGGGUCCAACCAAAAACGCCUGCUCUGGUGGGCCCUCUACUCUCACGAGACUGAAAUGUGCUCAUCGGCGGGACGUCAAUCGUUCCUUAAAGAGCCAAGCCACUACUCGAUUGACUUCCCGGUCGUCUCUGCGUCGCAUGGCCCAUCACUGUACAUCAUCAGCUGCAUGGUGGAGCUGGCCAAGAUACUGGCCAGGAUCUCCCAGAAUGUGUGGCAGCCCGAUGUUAUUGACGGGCCGGAACACAUGUCCGGGCGGGCUGCCAAUCUAGAAGGCAGUCUUCUGCAAUGGAAGAGCCGCCUUCCACACGAGCUCGACUUUGAUGUGUCGACGCUGGAGGAGAGUGAGCUCAUCACGAAACAGAAGAUUGUCCUCAAACUGCGUUUCCUGAACGCGAAAAUACUCUUGUAUCGGCCGUUUCUCAUCACCAGAGCUGGACGCGACCGGGCGAUGGUGUCACAGCAUGUAGCCUCCUGUAUAGAGGCUGCGCGGGAGACGAUUGCGUUUAUGCACUCGACGUACCGUCACCGGCCUUACUUCCGAACAUGGUGGUACAACUGUACCUAUGUCCUCGACGCCAGUAUGGUGCUGCUCUACGUCAUCCUGUCGAACAUAUGCCCGCUUCCGGCCGAAGACAUCUUCAGCAGCGUGGAGAUGAGUCUUGAGAUCUUCAGGGUCAUGAGAAUGGUGGUCGUUGCGCGACGCUGCACCGAGAUAACGCAAGACGUCCUGGAUAUUGCAAAGCAAUCACGCUGCGAUGGGCAAGGACAGCCCGUGGUGGCUACGCGGCCCCCGUCAGUCCCGUGCGCUGAGGAGCGGACGUUGCUCAAUCAGCUAUCCAGUGCGCUGCCGGACGGAUCUUUCGAGGGUGAGGUGGGCGGGAGGAUGGACGGGUUCCAGGCAGAGCCUUAUGCCGGCCUGGUGGACACCAACCUGCUGUACAACCUGCUGAACUUUGAGGAUUGGAACGCCUGGUCCGAGGCCGGUUGGUUGUGA